UGCAGGGUUCUUAGACCAAGCUGUUUCUUGAGAUUUGAGUCUAGCCCAUUUUUUGAGACUCCAGUUCCUCUACCGUCAUCUCCGCCAUCCCGAACUUCUCCUCCGCCUCCCUCAACAGGAGGAAAGGGCAAUAACACAACCCGGACUAUCAUCAUUGUUGUUGCUUCAGUUGUUGGAGUUGUGAUACUAAUAACCAUCGCCAUCUGCAUCUUUCUGAGAGCCAGAAGGAACUGGGAAAAAGUUGAAACUGCUGAUGAGAUUAUUCGGGUUGAGUCCUUGCAAUUUGACUUUGCCACUAUCCGGGUUGCGACUGAUAACUUUUCGGACGCAAAUAAGCUUGGCCAAGGUGGAUUUGGAGCUGUUUACAAGGGUCUGCUUUCAGGUGGACAAGAGGUAGCUGUGAAAAGAUUAUCUACGGAUUCUGGACAAGGAGAGGUAGAAUUUAAGAAUGAGGUCCUGUUGGUGGCCAAGCUUCAACACCGCAAUUUAGUUAGGUUCCUUGGUUUCUGCUUGGAAGGGCGUGAAAGACUUCUCAUCUAUGAGUUUGUGCCAAACACAAGCCUUGAUUAUUUCAUUUUUGAUCCAGUCAAGCGUGCACAAUUAAAUUGGGAAAGGCGCUACAAAAUCAUAGGAGGCAUUGCUCGUGGGCUCCUUUAUCUCCAUGAAGAUUCUCGAUUGAGGAUAAUCCACCGUGAUCUUAAAGCAAGCAAUGUUUUGUUAGAUGCUGAGAUGAACCCUAAAAUUGCAGAUUUUGGAAUGGCAAGGUUGUUUGUACGUGAUGAAACACAAGGCAAUACCAGCAGAAUCGUAGGGACCUAUGGAUAUAUGGCACCAGAAUAUGCUAUGCACGGGCAAUUCUCUGUUAAGUCAGAUGUAUUCAGUUUUGGUGUGAUAAUUUUAGAAAUUAUAAGUGGUCAGAAAAAUAAUUGCUUUCGUAACGGGGACAGUGUGGAGGACCUACUGAGCUGUGCCUGGAAAAAUUGGAAGGAAGGGACAGCAUUGAAUAUCAUUGAUCCAACUUUGAGGGAUGGUUCGAGAAAUGAAAUGCUGAGAUGCAUCCACAUUGGAUUAUUAUGUGUUCAAGAAAACGUAGCUAACAGGCCAACCAUGGCUACAGUUGUUCUGAUGCUUAAUAGCUUCUCAAUCUCCCUCCCACUACCCUCCCAACCAGCAUUUUUUAUGCACAGCAGCAUUGAUUCUGACAUGUCAUCUUCGCGGGGUUAUAGUUCUCGGAUGUCAGAAUCCAAGCAAUCCAAAAGUGAAUCAAUCCCUCUAUCCGUGAACGAGGUUUCAAUUUCUGAACUAUAUCCUCGAUAGUUGCGUCAGAAUUGUCUUAAAUUCUACAGCUUUUCCAGCUGACGAUGUCACUUGCUGAACCAACUUGGACCUGUUUCAAGUGGUAGGACUAGGUGAGAGUUUAAAUAGAGAUUUUAAGUAUAUAUAAAGGUUUCAGAAUUGUCUUAAAUUUUACAGCUUUUCUGUUGAAUAUGCCACUCAGUUCACUUUAAUUGAUAACCCAAUAUUUUCAUUCCAA